AUGCUUAGAGUAAUAGCUAAUGAAAUGAAACAUAGAGAAGCAGAAGAAGAAGAAGAUGAUGGAGAUAGUGAACUUGAUUUGCUCUCCCUUGUACAUUCUGAUAUCUCAUCUGUUCUUCACCAGAUUGAUGAGCUUGUUGUGAAGGCCACAAAGCUUAAAAACAUGAGCAAACAAGGGAGAAGAGAAGUUGAAUCUUUCGGAUCUGUCUUGUCCAAUAUGCUUUCCUCUCUAAAGCCAUGGUUUCCUCGAUUGCAAGAAGCGAUUUCGGAUACUCAAUUGCUUAUGAAAGACCAGAAAGAAGAGUCUUUGGUGAGCAGCACAAGCAGUAUGUGCCCAAGCGAAGAAGAAGAAGAAGAAGAGGAAUUGUAUGAUGUUGAGAGUCCUGAAGCUAAUCAAUUUGAGCCUUUAGUCUCUCCUUCUCCUCUCGUGUCAUGGCGUGGUGAUCACAAUGUGGAAAAGGGUAGACAACUCUUUCUUUUGACACCACUACCCUUUGGCAAAUCCGAGUUCCUUAAACAUCAGAGUGCCUCCAAGCUGAAAUCUAAAAGGAACUUUACUGCAAACGAACCGCUUGAAGCUUCUAAAGAAACAAGUGAUGAUGAUGUUUUAGAAGGCGAAUCAUCGAAAACCGCAGGGCUUGGUUUAGUAGAGUGUGAGCCACCACCAUUGUCUUCACCAGUUCUCAGGAGGAAGAUUCAGUCUGAGCUUCUAUUGACCCCUUGCUUAAAGAUGUCGCCUUUGAAGUCUUGCACACUGUUUAAACCGGUUCUUGAAUCAUCUCAACCGGGAAAGCAAGGGGCUUGUAAAUCUACCUGCUCUGAUUUUGGAGCUAGCACGUUUCAUGGUUCACAGAGCUCUGAAUCCUCCUCUGGUACUGAUGAAACAGACGAUCUCUGUUCAAAGUAUCCAGAGCUUUUGGGGAUGCAACAUGCUCCAAUAACUCGAAGAACCGAUCUUGAAUCCUCGCCGGUCUGGUCGUUUUCUCCUCCUGGAACAUGUGUUUUGCUGGAGCGUGUAAAUGAAAAGAAACCAGCAUUUGCUUUCCCAAACAUUAAACCAGAAGCAAAACACACUAAAGAUGGAAGCAUGUCAAUGGUGGUUGAGAGUACUCCAUUGUUGAAAGAAGCAGAGAGCGUGAUGUCGAAAAACAGAACAAGAGCGGGGGAGAGUACUCUGAAGAAAGAGUUAUGGACGAGAUUUGAAGAAGCAUCGAUUCACGACAAUUGGUGUAGCUCGAUGAAGAAGACAACGAGGAGAGGAAACAGGAAGAAAGCAUUCAUGGAAAUGUUGGAGGAAGCGUGUGGAAAUGAGGAAAGCCAUGAGUUAAAUUAA